GCAGUUCCGGCGAGAGGGGAGCCUCAGCAGGAUUGCUGUGUGAAGACCGAGCUGCUGGGAGAAGAAACACCUAUGGCUGCCGAUGAAGGCUCCACAGAGAAACAGGCAGGAGAGGCCCACAUGGCUGCUGACGGUGAGACCAAUGGGUCUUGUGAAAACAGCGACGCUGGCAGUCAUGCAAAUGCUGCAAAACACACUCAGGAGAGCGCAAGGGUCAACCCCCAGGAUGGCACCAGCACACUAACCCGGAUAGCGGAAAAUGGGCUUUCAGAAAGAGACUCGGAAGCGGGGAAGCAAAACCACGUCACCACCGACGACUUUGUGCAGACUUCUAUUGUUGGCAGCAAUGGAUACAUCUUAAAUAAGCCGGCCCUGCAGGUGCAGCCCUUGAGGACUACCAACACUCUGGCCUCUUCACUGCCCGGCCAUGCUGCAAAAACCCUUCCUGGAGGGGCUGGCAAAGGCAGGACUCCAAGCGCUUUUCCCCAGACGCCAGCUGCCCCACCAGCCACCCUUGGCGAGGGGAGUGCUGACACAGAGGACAGGAAGCCCCCAGCCCCUGGCACCGACGUAAAGGUCCACAGGGCACGCAAGACCAUGCCGAAGUCCGUCGUGGGCCUGCAUGCAGCCAGUAAAGACCCCAGAGAAGUUCGAGAAGCUAGAGAUCAUAAGGAACCAAAAGAGGAGACCAACAAAAACAUUUCUGACUUUGGACGACAGCAGCUUUUACCCCCCUUCCCAUCCCUUCAUCCGUCGCUACCUCAGAACCAAUGCUACAUGGCCACCACAAAGUCACAGACAGGUAAAAGGGAGACCCAGCAACUGUCUUUGCUCUUUGAAUGUGUGUUUCGGCCCUGCUCCUUGCCAGGUGAGAGUUGUGUGUGGCUCUGCUCUGCCGCCAGCCACUCGCUCCGGGCAGGCUCCUCACUCUCCUGGGCUAGCAGCUUCUAUGUGCAGUUCGGGGAGUGGAUGGACGUUUGCUUCCUUACCGAGGACCUUUUAUGGGAGGUGCUGGGUGGGCACCGGCAUCUCAGCGGCUCUUUGGCCCAGAGACAAGCCCUGGCUGUGGAGUCGACGUGGUACCUCUUUCUACGCGUGGCCUGCCUUUUUUACCUGAAACAACUGACUAGAAACACACUCGUCUGUGGCCCACGUCUGCCUGGACGUUCACGGGAAGGAGGCGUGGGCAGCUUAGCCAUGGUGGCUCCGGGGUUGGACUGGGAUCGUGGAUUGGUCUCUGUUUUCUGUUUGGGUUCCUGCUUCGACUGUGUGGCUGAUCAGAUGGACGGGGAGUCUGAGGAGGAGCAGGAGUCGGCCGACAGCGGCGAGGAGGAGGAAGGCGGCGACGAGUCUGACCUGAGUUCUGAAUCCAGCAUCAAGAAGAAAUUUCUCAAAAGGAGAGGGAAGACCGACAGUCCCUGGAUCAAGCCAGCCAGGAAGAGGAGGCGGAGAAGUAGAAAGAAGCCCAGCAGUGCACUCGGUUCUGAGCCGUAUAAGUCAUCUUCAGGAAGCACUGAACAGACAGCACCGGGAGACAGCACGGGGUACAUGGAAGUUUCUCUGGACUCCCUGGAUCUCCGCGUCAAAGGAAUUCUGUCCUCACAAGCAGAAGGGUUGGCUAACGGUCCGGACGUGCUGGAGACAGAUGGCCUCCAGGAAGUGCCUCUCUGCAGCUGCCGGAUGGAAACGCCGAAGAGCCGAGAGAUCACCACUCUGGCCAACAACCAGUGCAUGGCUACCGAGAGCGUGGACCAUGAAUUGGGCCGGUGCACAAACAGCGUGGUCAAGUAUGAGCUGAUGCGUCCAUCCAACAAGGCCCCACUCCUUGUGCUGUGUGAAGACCACCGGGGCCGCAUGGUGAAGCACCAGUGCUGUCCCGGCUGUGGCUACUUCUGCACAGCGGUAAGAGUGCAGCCUGGCGGCCCGUGUCCUCUGCAAGACUCCUGUUUGGUCACUGGUGCUGGUUCCUGUCCUGUGCACCUGCUGUCGGGUGGUCCAGUGGCAUGGCCCAGGUCUGGUGUCCAUCUGGAGGUCUCCAGUGUGUCACAAACCCCUCACCCCUGCUCUCAAGCCCCAGAGCCAUUGGUGGGGACAGAGCGGCUGGUAGGGCCGACCAUGCAGCACGCAGCGGGGGCUCAGGGCCUUGGCAAAGGCUUCAUGCGCAUCCCCUUCUGCCAGUGCCUCAGCUGGGGUUCUCUCUCCUCCCCUCUGGGACUGGGAGAGCGACGGUGCCUCCUGGGCUCCAAGUGGGAGUUGCUGCGGGUCCAGUGCCUGGGAGGCGGACGGACUGCCAUGGGUAGCGCAGGCAGCGCCGGGCCGCGGGUGAGGCCCUUCCCGCCGAUGGCGGGGUGUGCGCCAGCCUCGCAGAGGGUGAGAGGCCGACGGCUUCGGCCGUGGAGUCCCAGGCUGUACGGGGUUGGUCAGUGCCAGCCGCCCCGCUUGCAGUGGGGGUUUAUGGAGAGCGUGGGAGGCGGGUCCGUGGGGUCCAGGAUGGAGCUGGAUGUGGGGCGGGACCCGUUUCUUGGCGCUGAGGUUUCUCGGACUUUGUCUCAGUGCCCUGUGUCUUCAUGGGUGGGGUCACUUCCUUCUGGUUACCUGGGUCCUGGGUGCGAGGCGUGUCUGGGAGGGCUCCACGCUCGAGGAACGCGUGGCAGGCUCCCGUUUGUGAGGGGCUGCCGAGAGCUGCCCAAGCCCUCCUUCUUGGGGAACGACCCCCAUCGUCCCCCAGGCUCCACCGGAGGCUGUCAGCCCCUCCUGCCCUUGCAGACCUGGGCGGGCGCCAAUAUCGACACCUGCUCAGAAGACCAGAGGACCCCAUUGAUGGAAGCAGCCGAAAACAACCAUCUGGAGGCAGUGAAGUACCUCAUCAAGGCCGGGGCCCUGGUGGAUCCCAAGGACGCAGAGGGCUCCACGUGUUUGCACCUGGCUGCCAAGAAAGGCCACUACGAAGUAGUCCAGUACUUGCUUUCAAAUGGACAGAUGGACGUCAACUGCCAGGAUGAUGGAGGCUGGACACCUAUGAUUUGGGCCACAGAGUACAAGCAUGUGGACCUCGUGAAGCUGCUGCUGUCCAAGGGCUCCGACAUCAACAUCCGGGACAACGAGGAGAACAUUUGCCUGCACUGGGCGGCAUUCUCUGGCUGUGUGGACAUAGCUGAGAUCCUGCUGGCUGCCAAGUGUGACCUCCACGCCGUGAACAUCCACGGAGACUCACCACUGCACAUUGCUGCCCGGGAGAACCGCUACGACUGUGUCGUCCUCUUUCUUUCUCGGGAUUCAGAUGUCACCUUAAAAAACAAGGAAGGGGAGACGCCCCUGCAGUGCGCGAGCCUCAACUCCCAGGUGUGGAGCGCUCUGCAGAUGAGCAAGGCUCUGCAGGACUCGGCCCCCGACAGGCCCGCCCCCGUGGAGAGGACCGUGAGCAGGGACAUUGCUCGAGGUUACGAGCGCAUCCCCAUCCCCUGCGUCAACGCCGUGGAUGGCGAGCCAUGCCCCAGCAACUAUAAGUACGUCUCUCAGAACUGUGUGACAUCCCCCAUGAACAUCGACAGAAACAUCACCCAUCUGCAGUACUGCGUGUGCAUCGACGACUGCUCUUCCAGCAACUGCAUGUGCGGCCAGCUCAGCAUGCGCUGCUGGUAUGACAAGGACGGCCGGCUCCUGCCAGAGUUCAACAUGGCGGAGCCUCCCUUGAUCUUCGAAUGCAACCACGCGUGCUCCUGCUGGAGGAACUGCCGGAACCGCGUGGUGCAGAAUGGUCUCAGGGCAAGGCUGCAGCUUUACCGGACGCGGGACAUGGGCUGGGGUGUGCGGUCCCUGCAGGACAUCCCACUAGGCACCUUUGUCUGCGAGUACGUCGGGGAGCUGAUUUCCGACUCAGAAGCCGAUGUUCGGGAGGAAGAUUCUUACCUCUUUGACCUCGACAAUAAGGACGGGGAGGUUUACUGCAUCGACGCGCGGUUCUACGGGAACGUCAGCCGGUUCAUCAACCACCACUGCGAGCCCAACCUGGUGCCCGUGCGCGUGUUCAUGGCCCACCAGGACCUGCGCUUCCCCCGGAUCGCCUUCUUCAGCACCCGCCUGAUCGAGGCCGGGGAGCAGCUGGGGUUUGACUACGGAGAGCGCUUCUGGGACAUCAAGGGCAAGCUCUUCAGCUGCCGCUGCGGCUCCCCCAAGUGCCGGCACUCGAGCGCGGCUCUGGCCCAGCGUCAGGCCAGCGCGGCCCAGGAGGCGCAGGAGGACGGCCUGCCCGACACGAGCUCCGCGGCUGCCGCAGACCCGCUAUGAGGCGCCGCCGGCCAGGGGGGCCGUUUAGAGGAGGAGGAGGAGAGAUUCUCAAAGGUCCUGCUUCGAGGCUGUGCCGCCGGCUUCCUGGAGGGGUCGGAGGUGGGGCUGCAGCCCCUGCGGGCGGGUGUGGACGCCUCCCAGCCACCUGCCCCGACCUGCGGCCUCGCUGCGGGCCCCUCGCCCGGGCUGGAGUGCACACUUCGGCCCACGCCCCAAAGACGCUGGGAAUCCACGCUGGCAUCUCCUUGUGAGUUUCUGAUGCUGAUUUGUCGUUGCGAAGUUUCUCGUUUCUUCCUCUGGCCUCCGAGGUCCUCGCUGUUCGCCUGUCCGGCCCAGACUCUUCUGAGUGGCGCUGCUCCGUUCUCCCCGCCCGCGGCCCGCGUGGCUGGUGCCGGGUCCCUGGGGCCGCACCGAGGACAGUCUCCCGCCAGUCUCGGAGAGGUCAGGAGACCGACCCCACCACUAACUUUGGAGAAAACGUGGGUUUGCUUUUAAAGGAAUCCUAUAUCUAGUCCUGUAUAUCAGACCUCUCACUGGCGUUUCUUUUUAAGGAAGUGGUUUGCUGGGUGCGGCGGACCCGCACCGGCCCCGCCGGCUCCGUGGGCGCUGGCAUCUUCUGUUGAUUUUUUAAGCCACAUGCUAUGAUGAAUAAACUGAUUUAUUUUCUACCAUUACUGAACAUUAGGGCAAACAAAAAAUAAAAAAACACAGACAACGGUGCUGAUUCUGGUGUGGUUUCUACUCACCACGUGAAAUAAACUAUCAACUGUAUAAAGAGAACAAAAUGAUUUUAGAAUAAAAUGCAGGAAAAACUUUUUUAAAAAUGUUAGUCUUGUAGUGUUAAUAAACUUGCCAUCACCUUUUGUGUGGUGGCCUGGCAGGUCAUAUACUUUUUUUUGGCAUAUACCUUUUUAAAUACUGUAAUUAGUGCAGUAACAGUGGGGUUUUUUUGUGCAACUCUUCUAAGACAUUCAUAAUGCAGUCAUGUUUAUUUUUUUCUGUUAAAAUGUUUUUGACAGUUUUAAGAGCAGUCUUUUGGCUCUGACCAUUUCUUGUUCUGUUUUCAAUGAAAUCAAUAAAAAAAAAAAGAGAAGUACUUUAAA